AUGCAUCACGUGAUUAUAUCGUUGCUUGCCGAUUGGGUAAUUCACCACCUCUGUCCAGAGGUCUUCCAGAAACAUAUCGCCGCCAUGCAUUUUUCGCUUUCAUCACUUCUCCUGCUAGGUGCUAGUAGCCUGGUAUCUGCCAGUUCUUUAACUAUCACCAUCCCGGCCUCUAGUCCCCUCCCAAAUCCCCACGUCCUUCCCGCAACUAGCCAUGCCACUCUCACUACUCUCCCCUCCGCUGGGAAAGACCACACCCUGACUGCAUCGCUGACCCGCUCAGCGACAUUUGUGUUCCAUGAUAUCCCAUCCUACGGGUUAGAUGCCCAGCCUGAGUCCUACUUGCUCGAUAUUCGCUCUACUGGCGACUACAUCUUCGCCCCCUACCGUGUUGAUGUUGCGGCUGAUGGAUCCAUCCUUGGGAUUUGGGAGACUUUCCGCGGGAACCCAUGGGACAACCGUGGCGCAGAGAAAUACAUCGUGGAUGUUACAGGAAAGAACAAGAUUGAUGUGGUAGUUGAGGCCAAGGUUGUCGGACGGAAGGUCUUCUAUGAGCAGCGUGCUAAAUUCUCUCCCUUGAGUCUUGUCAAGAGCCCAAUGGUCUUACUUGCAGUUGUCGCGCUGGGUCUCAUGUUUGCCAUGCCCAAGCUCAUGGAGAACAUGGAUCCCGAGAUGCGCGCGGAGUUUGAGCAGCAUUCCCGCUCCUCGCCCAUUACUGGCGCCACUACUAAUGCUAUGGCCGGUGGCGGAUUUGAUCUGGCUGGUUGGAUGGCAGGUACUGGUGCUCCUAACUCCACACCCAAUGUCGCAUCUCAGGCUGGUUCAACUGGUCGAGAGACCAGUGGCCCUGCCCGGAGGCGUGCAUAG